UCCCAGCAUCCCGCGGGCGGGCGGUCCGGAGCGGCUGAGCCGGUGGCCCCCCCCCGCCCCCCUCCCCGUCCCCUCCUCGCCGGCCCAGGCCCCGGCCCAGGCCCCCCGCCCCGCCGCCACCAUGCAGGAGCUCAUCGCCAGCGUGGACCACAUCAAGUUCGACCUGGAGAUCGCGGUGGAGCAGCAGCUGGGGGCGCAGCCGCUGCCCUUCCCCGGCAUGGACAAAUCAGGUGCUGCUGUCUGUGAAUUUUUUUUAAGAGCUGCUUGUGGAAAAGGAGGCAUGUGUCCUUUCCGACACAUCAGUGGAGAAAAGACAGUUGUUUGCAAACACUGGCUCCGAGGGCUGUGCAAGAAGGGAGACCAGUGCGAAUUCCUGCAUGAGUAUGACAUGACCAAGAUGCCUGAGUGUUAUUUCUACUCCAAAUUCGGAGAGUGCAGUAACAAAGAAUGCCCAUUCUUGCACAUUGACCCGGAGUCUAAGAUCAAAGACUGCCCCUGGUAUGACAGAGGCUUCUGUAAACACGGUCCCCUCUGCAGACACAGACACACUCGAAGAGUCAUUUGUGUGAAUUACCUGGUGGGAUUCUGUCCAGAGGGGCCUGCUUGUAAAUUCAUGCAUCCUCGAUUUGAACUGCCUAUGGGAACCACAGAGCAACCACCGCUGCCUCAGCCGACACAACCCCAGCAAAAGUCAUCAUUCUGCUGCUGCUACCUUCCUUCAGCUGAGAGAGCAAAUGCAUGGCCAGUAGUGACAGUUCUGUUCCGUGGACUGUCUGGAAGCAGAGGACCCCACAAGUCAUCGGAGUUAUGCAGUCUCAAAACAACAACGUGGGGAACAGAGGUCCCCGGCCACUGGAGCAGGUCACAUGUUACAAGUGUGGUGAAAAAGGACAUUACGCCAACAGAUGCACCAAAGGACAUCUGGCCUUUCUUAGCGGACAGUGAGACAGCUCAGAGGGAGGAGAGUGCAAGGAAGAUCUUUACACUGGGGAAAGGUUUCUGCCUAGCACUAUUCCUUGAACUAUUGAUCGGGUUGUUUUUUGUUUUGUUUUUUUAACGCCAUUAGUGAAAGAACUGCGGCCAGAGGCUGGCUGCUGAUAAACAUUUUUGUAACUGUCCAAUUUUUUAUGUUUUAACCUUUUAAAAUAGAUCUUGGCCUCUGCCUUCUUUCACUGAGCCUAGCUGGGAGAUAGCUCUAAAGGCAAAUAGAUGUGCAAGCCCUCACCAAUACAACAUUCAGUAUAAUACACAUCUUGCACCAGUGUGUUUCUGUAAAGGAUAGCCUUUGGGAACCUCCAACCUUACAUUAAUCCUUGUGCAAGGAGGAAGACAAACAGGAAGAACUAGUACUUGAAAUGCCUCCCACUUCAGUGAGGGAGCUUGUCAUGCAACUCUUGAAAGGAGGCCCCAUCUUCCCUUAUUCAAGCUGAGGUUUCUUAACCUGCUCUGAUGGCUCACAUAACAUGUACCAAGAUGUAAAGUAUUUGUCCAACUGCAAUAAAAGUUUUUAUGCUUUGGCUGGAAGCAUUUCCCCCUCGCUGUUCUGCAGGGUGAGAAGUUGGUCCUUGUAUGUGAAAACCACUUCUAGUGGAAUGAACUUACAUUUAUGGUUUUAGCUGAAAUCACGAAAGCAUUGGCUGUAGAAGAGGUGCAGGUCUGUUCUCACCACAGCAACCCUGAACUCAGAGCUGAAGUAGCUUUGAAGGUAUAACAGUGUAUGGCUACCAACAGAUGAAGUUAGUGGGUAUUCCCACAAGCAGUCAAAUUGCACAAAUACCUUCACAGGCUCUCAAAACAAAUAAAUGAAACUAUGUUUUCUUGAGAUUGCUUUUAACUUGGACUCUUGCGUGUGAGAGUAUCCUCUUAAGAGGAUGUUUUUCCAAGCCAAAACACUUUAAUUUUGUAAGAAUUUAUUUCAGAGGGCCAAUGACAAAGGGAAUUAAAAAAAAGCCCCACUGUUGCAUCUGGAAUAUGUGAACCUUUUCUAUUCUCGAGCAUCUAUCUACAUUUGCCAAUCUGCCUUGUUUUCCUUGCUGUUUUAAAGUUGGCUGUGAAAAUUAGGUUGUGAUUUCUCAGGAAAAGGGUAAUGUAUGCCUGGGAAGAGAUAAGGCCCUGUGUUGAUUUAAACUGAUUAAUUUAAAAAAAAAAAUGUAGUCAUGUUGUAGAAGCUGUACUUACUGAUACUCCCUCUAGUACACAGUGGGAUAGUCAGGCUUAAAAGUUAAAAUUAAAUCCACAAAUGUAAA